CGAGCUGUGGCGGUUCUCUCAGUUACGUUUCGUUCGUCGUACGCGAGGUCGGUCUCGCGCCGGUACGCAGCGCGUCGCGUCGCGUGUCAUGCACGCUGAACCCUCCGACGUUGCUCUUCUCCUCACCCCGAUUGCCACGCACCUCGCGCAGUCUCGUGUCCUCCGCGGCCACGUCCUCUUCGUCUUCCUCGUCACUUGAGGGAAGAAAAGUUACGCUCUCGCGCUCGCGCGCGGUUGUCCACAUACGUAUACAGUCAGUACGUACGUACGUACACGCGUGCACGGAGAUACACACACACGCACACAUAUACAUAUGUCCGACGUCGGAGGUGGUGCGCCUCGCGGGUGGUGCGCGUGUGGGGUGGCUGCUUAGUGCGUGCGCUCAGUGAGAUGAUCUGUAUUUCCGGGCUGACCAUCGCGCGUUAUCGCGGAUUCACCGUCAUCAUGCCCGUGACGAGCCGCCGCUGCCUGCUUGUGUCACUGUUGCUGACUUUCGGAUGCAUUCGGGAAUCGAGGCAGCUGAUCAUCAAGAGUAUGAACGUGCCGGCCACGGUGAAGGCGAGCGAGACCGAUUACGUAAUCCUCGACUGCGACUACGACCUUGAGAACACGUCUAGCAAGGGCCUCGUCGUGAAAUGGUUCUUCAACAACAACGAGGUUGCCUAUCAAUGGAUCUAUGGCAGGCAUCCCCAGGCUGCCGAACCGGCCGCCAAGUACGUCGACCUCCUCUACAGAGCCAGCGAUGAUCCGUACACCGAAUACCGAGCCAUGAAAUUGAAUAAGCCGGGUAUCGAUCUUACCGGCGAGUACACGUGCGUUAUAUCUACUUUCGCGGACGAGCGGAUCGCGAACGCCUCCAUGGUGGUGUACGCAACUGAAGAGAAAUUCGAUCUGACAUGCAGAAAAAGGACUAUAGGUGACAAAGAUGGAGUGGAAGUAACGUGCAUGGCCAAAGGGCUUUAUCCUCAGCCAUCUCUUGAUAUUUCAGUAGAGAGUAUCUCGGAAAAGCAAGCGACAAAGCCCAUCGUAACGCUACGAGACGAUGGACUUUACGACGUCUUAUCGCGGAUGACCUUGCUGGACGAAGAUUUACCGGAAGCGGCGAUUGUCAAAUGCUCGCUCAGCAUACCGAGGGCGAACUACAACGUUUCCCGCAAAACCAUUUACUACGCUGGUACGGCUGCUACUACCUCAACGUCAACCAGUACAACGAAGUUGCAACAUAAAACGGAUGUCCAAGGCCUAGAUAGCUUAGAAUCUGGAAAUGGCGGGGGUGACUUCGUCAAUGGAGCAGCAGUUAAUCUCCUUUUGUUAUCGAUGCAUUGGAUCGUUAUCAUGAUGUUAUAAUUAGUAAUUUAAUUGAUGCGUAAAUUUAAACGAUGCAAUAUACCGACUUUCGACGUACCUUGCGCAUUGCAUUGUCUCGUAUCAGAAAAUGAUUUCACAUUGAACAUCUAGAUAAACCCUUCAGAGGAUGGAAAUUCGAUUUAUUAAUUUCUGUGCGUAAUUACAAAUUAUUUGUAGCCGUCAUAUUUAGUAAAAUUCAUUUACGACGCAAUGCACGACGAAUAAUUCUGGAUGUUCAAUGAUGUAAAAAACGAACGUUGAUAAAUAAAGCCUAAUACAGUUUGUCUACGAGAAAUAUCUUACACUUAUCAGAAUGAUACGACGUCGCUUAUCAGAAAAAUGUAAAUGUUUGCGAGAAAAUAACUAUGCCAAGUGUUCAAUCGAUCUUUAUUUUAAUAUCGAUUUAUAUUAAUUGAAAAUACAUUUUAUUCCCCUUCUUUUUUUAUUUUGUACUCAUUCUUUAUUCUAUUUGUACUCUCAUAUUCUCUUCAUAUCUUCUCCCUUUCUUCGUACUUUGCACCAUUUCUUCCCGAUUUCUUUUUCACUUUAAUAUAAUUUGGUUUUUUUCCACAUCGUGUCUUUUCCUCAUUAGUUCCUUUAUAUAUUGAUUUCCCAAUUUUUCCUCCCGUUGGUUUUACAAGCAUAUACAAAUACCACGAUAUAUAAAAAAUAUAUAUUGGAAAUGUUUUGUGUAACUCGAAAAUGUUUUUAAAACUUCAAACGUUUUUGAAAUGUUUUUGAUACGCAUGGGUGUGUCACAGCCAAAGAAAACAAUUGCUGAUACGCGGAUACUAAUCCAACUAACGAUAAUCCGCAAAAUUUAGAAUGCACGCGUUCUGUUUACUCUCAGACUUUUAUACAAGAAUUUUAUAUAAUUAUCAGCAGAGACGAGAUACUUCCAUUUUAUGAUAUUAUGGAUGUAAUAGUAUAUAUAUACCGGUAUUAUUAAAUAAUAAGGCACUACCAAAUGUCAGCUGUAUAUAAUCGUGUAUACUAGGAAGGAAAUAACGCUAUAUAUACCUAAAUAUUAUAAAUAUAUAAUUCAAUAUGAUCAACGGUCAUUUGUCUGUGACCGCAAUUACGUCAUUAAUGUGAUUAUAAACGCGUUGAAUAUUACUUAAUUUAGCUAUUUACGUGGAUACAUGUAACAUAAAACGUAUCUGAAAUGGGCGAUAUUUAUUUAAAUAUUUACGGAUACACACGCAUACACUCACACCAAGUCUUUCACUCAGCGCGAUUUAAAGGGACGGUUGAAUGAUAAGCGGAAUGCAACGCGAAAUGCGACUAUCUGGAAAGAUAUCCUUCUCCGCCGAGUCGCAAAGUGUACUUGACCGUUUCAUUUUCCUUCGCUAUUGCGACACGGUUUUCGUAGAUAUGCGUGUUGCAACUUCGUUAAUCUCGGGACAUCCCGCUUCCAUUUAAUAAUGAUAUCGUACUUUACGAUGGAGCGUUUGAGCUUCCCUCGGAACGGAAUUUGGACCCGAAACUCCGUUUCUCCAGCUGGCUUUCGUUCCAUACACCUUGUACUUUUAAUUGCGAGCUCUAUUGGAAUUUUCCAACCGUACCUUAAAUCUCUUUAAUUGCUUUAAUUCGAUCUUUCUUUCUUUCUGUCGAGGGACAUGUGCUUUGGGGAUUUGAAAUACGCAAUUUAAAAUAAGUUUGAUAAAAAGUUGCUUUUCCCCCUUUUUAUUUCGCUUGUUUUCAUUCGCACAGCACGCCUAUUUCAGAUAGAUUUUGCAUAUAAAACGACCACGAGAUUGCUUUUUGAACGACAAUAUUUAUUAUAUAAUGUUAAGAGAGACACGUGCCUCGCGUUAUAAACUUACGACACUCUAUGAUAAAACAUGUAAAUCAUUCGUUGGUUUAGCAUAUAAAUUGUGACGAAGUUUAAGAAUAAGUUGAAUCUUUCGCUUUCAUCCAGUUCCAUAAGGACAUGAAUGUAUCAAUUGAUCGUGUCUGUGUACCUUUUGCAUAAAACAUAUAUAUUGUAACUUUGUACCGCAUAGUAAUAUUCUAAUAUUAUGUAAAUACUAUUGGGGUACAUCGAAUUUUCAUUUUCUUGCGAGUAUUGUAUAUAUCUGUGUAUAUAGUAAUUAGAAAAGUGUGAAAGUAAAUGGUUUUCUAACUAA